GAACUGUCAACGGAGAGCGUUGUUCCGUGGAGCUGCAUCGUCUGUCGCAGUUCACCGACAUCCGGGCCGUGUGGACACCGGAUGCGAAAGUGCUGCACAAUCACACGGCACAGUUGCCCAAAUUGUUUCCAAAACUACAUAGCCAGAGGAGUUCGACACGCAGCACGCGUGACGUCUGCUUGUGCCCUAAGCAUCUGAUUCUACUGGAGAACUAGGAGAACUACGGCGUGUUUCCGGCCUGUGGGCCAGAUCAUUUCACGUGCACGUCCGCAGUGACGGGGAAUGGUGACAUGAAUAAGGACUUCGUACCCGCCUCCUGGCACUGUGAUGGCCAAAAUGACUGCCCGCACAAGUCGGAUGAAGUGGGAUGUCCCACAUGCCGGGUGGAUCAGUUCAGCUGCCAGUCCGGCAAGUGCUUCGACAAGGCUCUGAUCUGCGAUGGUACCACCUUUGACAACUGUGAGAAUGUCCACGAUGAGGCCGACUACUGCAAGCGGCCAGGAGACUUUCAGUGUCCCAUCAACAAGCUUUGCAUAUGGGCCGCCCUGCUCUCCGAUGGCUGACAGGACUGUGCCGAUGGUGCGGACGAUUCGUUCGGCGCAUUGCCCUGCCUCUGAUAUUCUUGCGCUCCGGCAAGAGCCGCACCGAGCCAAUAUAUUGAGCUCUAAUAGCUCCAUCGAAGAAAUUAAAUAAGGCAG